AUGCACGCCCUGUGUCAGCUGGGCAAGCGCACCGGCGAGGUCGCCGCGGUGGACGCGCUGCUGGAGGAGCGGCCGAUGCUGCUGCAGCUGCAGGUGCACAACUGGCUGGACUUCCUGACGGCGUACGGCGUGCGGGAGUGCGAUAUCAUGAAGCUGCUGCUGACCACGCCUGACGUCAUCGAGCGCAGCAACGUGCACUCAGCCGGCAUGGUCAUCCUGGCGUUCAAGCAGCUGGGCUGGACCGACCACCAUAUCGCGUCGCGCCUGGUGCCGCUCUACCCCCGCCUGCUGGCCAACAGCGUCGACAAGGACAUGCAGCCCGUGGUGGAGGAGCUGGCGCGUGCGGGCUGCAGUGGCCAGCACCUGCGGCUGAUUGCGUGGGAGGUACCGAAGAUCUUCAGCCGCCACACCUUCCGGCGCUACCUGCGGCAGUUCCAGGCGCUCGGGGUCUACGGCCUCAGCCGCGAGCGGUGCGCCAGCAGCCGCAUGGUGCACGCGACGAUGAUGCUGCACCCCUUUGGUUAG